AUGGUUCAAUCAAGCAUUCUCGGCUUCCCUCGCAUGGGUAAGCUGCGUGACUUGAAGAAGGCUACCGAAGCAUACUGGGGCGACAAACUCUCCAAAGACGAGCUGUUGGCCGAGGGCAAGAGACUGAGACUCGAGCAUUGGAAGAUUCAAAAAGAUGCCGGCGUGGACAUCAUCCCCAGCAACGACUUUGCUUACUACGACCAUGUCCUCGACCACAUCCAGAUGUUCAAUGCCAUCCCAGAGCGAUACAGCAAGCAUGGCUUGUCCACACUUGACGAGUACUUCGCCAUGGGCCGUGGUCACCAGAAGGAUGGCAUUGAUGUGCCUUCUUUGGAGAUGGUGAAGUGGUUCGACAGCAACUACCACUACGUCAAGCCUACGUUCCAGAACGACCAGACAUUCAAGCUCCACGAUGACCCCAAGCCCAUCAGGCACUUCCUCGAGGCUAAAGAGGCUGGUAUUACCACCCGCCCAGUCCUUCUCGGCCCAGUGUCCUUCCUCCACCUUGGCAAGGCCGACCGCAACCAGAAUGUUGACCCAAUCACACUCCUUGAGAAGCUUCUUCCAGUCUACGAGCAGUUGCUCAAGGAGCUGAAGAAGGCUGGCGCCGAGACCGUCCAGAUCGAUGAGCCUGUGCUCGUUUUUGAUCUGCCUUCCAAGAUCCGCGAUGCCUUCAAGCCAGCUUACCAGAAGCUCACCGCUCUUCAGGGCGGUGAAGGCCCUCAGCUCGUGCUCGCCACCUACUUCGGCGAUGUCGUGCACAACUUCGACGUCAUUGACGCCGCUCUUACCAACACAUACGCUUUCCACGUCGACCUAGUCCGCAACCCAGAGCAACUCGAGAAGGUCGCCCAGCACCUCGGCUCCAAGCAAAUCCUCUCUGCUGGUGUGGUCGAUGGCCGCAACAUCUGGAAGAACAAUUUCAAGCGCAGCAUCGAGCUUAUUGAGUCUGCUGUGCAGAAACUCGGCAAGGAGCGUGUCAUCGUCGCCUCCUCGUCAUCUCUCCUUCACACUCCCCACACGCUCGAGAGCGAGAAGAACCUCGACCCAGAAGUUAGCGACUGGUUCGCUUUCGCCACCCAGAAGGCUACCGAGGUCGCUAUCAUCGCCAAGGCCGUCACUGAAGGUGCUUCAUCCGUCAAGAGCCAGCUUGAGGCCAACGCAAAGAGCUUGGAGGCACGCGCCACCAGCAAGAGGACCAAUAACCCAGAGGUCAAGAAGAGGCAAGAGGCUGUCACAAAGGAGCAACACGAGCGUAAGAGUGCCUUCCCCACUCGUUACGACCAGCAGAAGCAGCACCUCAAGCUACCGCUUUUCCCAACCACCACCAUUGGCUCCUUCCCUCAGACCAAGGACAUCCGUAUCCAGCGUAACAAGUUCACGAAGGGCGAGAUUACUGCUGAGGAAUACGAGAAGUUCAUCGAGAAGGAGAUCCGCGAUGUCAUCGCCAUCCAGGAUGAGCUUGAGCUCGAUGUGUACGUCCACGGCGAGCCAGAGCGUAACGACAUGGUCCAGUACUUUGGUGAGCGCAUGGACGGCUAUGUCUUCACGACCCACGCCUGGGUUCAGUCCUACGGCUCUCGUUGCGUGCGCCCACCGAUUAUCGUGGGUGACAUCUCCCGACCUGCUCCCAUGACCGUCAAGGAGAGCAAGUACGCCGCCAGCGUCAGCAAGAAGCCGAUGAAGGGCAUGCUCACAGGUCCCAUCACCUGCCUGCGAUGGUCUUUCCCGCGUGACGACAUCCACCAGUCCGUGCAGGCUCAGCAGCUUGCUCUCGCUCUCCGCGAUGAGGUUGUGGACCUUGAGGCCGCUGGUAUCUACGUCAUCCAGGUCGAUGAGCCGGCUCUUCGUGAGGGUCUUCCUCUCCGCUCUGGAUCUGAGCGUGAGAAGUACCUUAGCUGGGCCGUCGACAGUUUCAAACUUUCGACUGCUGGUGUCAAGGACAGCACGCAGAUCCACUCGCAUUUCUGCUACUCUGAAUUCCAGGACUUCUUCCACGCUAUCGCUGCGCUGGAUGCUGACGUUCUGUCUAUCGAGAAUAGCAAGUCUGAUGCUAAGCUCUUGAAGGUGUUCAUCGAUGAGGCUUACCCAAGACAUAUCGGGCCAGGUGUCUACGACAUCCACAGCCCUCGUGUUCCCUCGGAGCAGGAGAUCAAGGAUCGCAUCACCGAGAUGCUGGAGUACUUGAAGCCAGAUCAACUCUGGAUCAACCCUGACUGCGGUCUUAAGACCCGCCAGUGGAAGGAGACGAAGGCGGCGUUGAGCAACAUGGUUGCUGCUGCCCAGUCUUUCCGCUCGCAGCACAGCAAGUAG